AUGAUCAUCAAAUUUAUCUGGUAUAACAUUGUGCUAGUUCGGUAUCCCUCGUCAGCUCAUCUCAGACAAUGGGAGGCAGUUCAUUGGACAGAGGCUCAAGGAGGGUAUGAAGGCUAUAACAUUCAGCAAGUCUUCACCUCAGUGGUUUACCUCCAGAGCAACGGCCAGGUGGAAGUCACCAAUCGGGAGAUCCUCAGAGGCUUACGGGCUCAGCUCGACCAAGUAAGAGGUAGCUGGGUCGAUGAACUUCCCAGUGUCCUAUGGGUUCUUCGCACGACAUUAAAAGAAGUGACCGACAUCAUACCAUUCCAACUGGUGUGCGACGGCGAGGUGGUGGUCCCCAUCGAAGUCGGAGUAGAAUCCAACCAGGGGCAACUCUACGACGAGGGGAACGUUGAGCGAAGACUCAUGGAGCUCGAUUUGGUGGAUGAAGCCCGGGAUAAGGCCACCGUCCGGCUCACGGCAUACAGGUAG